AAUAGGUAACAGGUAGACACCGUAGGUGAAAAAUAUUAGCGUAGGUAUGGCUGAAGGAACGUAUGAAUAUGAAUGUAUGAGGGCUGAACUGUUGGGAAUCGAGAAACCCGACUAUGAGGAGUUCAUGAAGAAGAUUGAGGGUGAGAGAAAGGCUGUCGAAGAGGAGAACUUGGACACGGAGAAUUUAAAGGAGGCUGAUCUGCAAGAAGAGUCUGAAAAAAGAAUUAUGGGGGGACUGGAAGAGUUGAACAGUCUUUUGCAAAAGACACAAGUCAAAAUCAAUAGAUUUAAGGCAUCUUGCGGCUCCCUGACGAACCUGCUGAAAAUAAAAGUUGCAGGCAAGCCCGAUUCGUCUUCGACUCCCGACAAUUCCACACCCGAACCCACUGGAAACACUGAUGUGCCGACCAAUGAGAGCGCCCCGACUGAAAGCAUCACUAACGACAAUGACGCGGAGAAAAAUGAAAUGCAAAGAAAAAGCGACCUGGCCAAAGCCCUGGAUAAAGAUCUAAGUACGUUAGACAGCAUGAUAGAAAAAGCUGAAAGCGCCCAAUACAGUAUGGAACAUCAGAGGAAGCAGAUGAAGAAGUUUCUUAAUUAAGAGGUUACGAUUUGUUUUAAAGAUAUUAGCAACGACUUUGGAUACACAUAUUAACAUGUAAAAACUGUUUAAUUUCGAUUUAUAACAAUUGAGAAUGAAAAACUAUUUUGAAAAGAAUUAAUUUAUCGGACACACAAAAAUUCCAAGGCCUGUCCUGUCUAAAGCCGUGACGUCGCGGUUAAAACAAACGAAAAUCAGUUAAAAUCGCUCAGUCUAGUUACACGUGUGCACAGGGUAGGCAUUGACAAAUAUUUUUGAACACCUAAAUGCAGUGUACCAUUUU